CUGAGGUGGUGGACUCGGAGGUGCCGGAGGCGCUGCUGGGGGAGCGGUGUCCGCAGCGAGGGCUCAACGGUAGAUCAUGUUUGGAGGGACGGCGCCAGCAGAGGCACCGGCCGCCAAGGUAGCCGAAUAUGACUACAAGUUCAAGUGUGAGCAAAAAAGCACACAGAAAGACGCUGCACAAUUGCAACGCCAAAUGCCUUUCCUUGUCCUUGUCUGAUCUGCGCCGUGUGGCUUCCCCUCAUCGCCAGUGGUGCUCAUCGGUAGGCGGGCGCCAAGAAGCCCAAGCAUCCUUUGCUAUCUUUGUGUGUUGCCACUAUGUGUGUGUGCAGGUGAGAGGGAUGUGGGGAAGACCUUUUUGCUGCGGCGCUAUAUCGCAGGUGGGUGUAGUGUGUUCUCUUUUUGCUGACGGCCGGCACCUUGCUGCCUGUGUGUGACUCAUGGCUGCCUGCCUUCAGGCGAUGCUGCCGAGCGUCCCACGACUACUCUUGGUACGGACUAUCAGAGCAAGACCAUAGUCCUCAAAAACGGGGCCAGACUCAGGGCGCAGAUAUGGUGAGUCAGUUUUGUGUGAGAGGGAAAGAGGGCCUUCCCAUGGAUGGCGUCACGUCACGUCACGUCACGCGCCUGUCGUCCCUGUGUUGUGUGUGGUGUUUGGACCUGCAGGGAUACGGCUGGUCAGGAGCGGUACAAGGCUCUCACCACGGGAUUCUUUCGAAAAGCCGAAGGUGAGACCUCCCCCCGUCCUAAGGCAGACACUCCCUGUCUGUCUGUCUGUGUCUGUCUGUCUGUGUGUGUUGUCCAGGCGCCUUGCUGGUUUUUGACCUCACUCGACGGGAUACCUUCCUUAAGGUAAGUACACAUCCGCCCUUAUGCGUCUGUCUGCCAUGGUGUGUGUGUGCGUGUGUGUGUGUAUGUUGUGGUGUCUGUACAGUGUUCGGCGUGGCUGGAGGCGCUGGAGCGGUACGCGGAUGCCGACUGCCAGAUCUUCCUGGUCGGCAACAAGCUAGACCUCGUCCAGGCCGACCCCUCGCUCAGAGAAAUAUCCACCGACGAGGCGCAAAAGUCAGUCAGUCAUUCAGCCAGCCAGUCAGCGAGCCCACACCAAACCGCAGGCACAACCAGUGGGCGCGUGUUCGUUCGUUCGUUUGACUGAUUGGUUGUAUGUAUGUGUGUGUGCAGGUUUGCGGUCGAUAAGGAUGUGGAGUACGUCGAGACCUCCGCCGAGACCUCACACAACGUCAACAGCUCAUUCGAAGACCUAAUGGCAUGUACGCGGACGCACCAUACCACACCACACCACAGCCACAGCCAGCCUCCCGGCUCGACGAGUGUCCGUGUGCGGUGUGUGUGUUGCUCUCUCUGUUCUGCAGACGUGUACACGGCCCAGGUAGAGGCCAACGACGACUCGACUGGCGACACCAAGGCGUCUUACGACGGGCAGGGGUCGAAGGGCGGGUUCUUCUCCCUCUCCCGCACUCAGACCAAGGCGGGCUCCAUCUCGCUCACCGGAGGGGCGGAUGCCGGUGGACCCACACAGACAUGCGGCGGGUGUGCGGGCUGACUGAGUGGAGCAGAGCAUAUGGCAUGGGUGGUGGGUUCGUGGGGGGUUGAUGUCUCAUGUAUCUCUAUAUCUCUAUGUCUCUGUUGGUCAGUCCGUCUGUCAGUCAUUCGGUGAGUGAGUGAGUGUUUUGCGUGGCCUUUUAUAAUUCAAAAGUGGUUCAAAAGUGAUUGUAUUGGUACG